GUACAUCACAACGGCUCCAUUUUAACCGCCCUGCGAGAGAGAAGCAUCCAUCGGACUCGGAAGUGAACCGGCAAGCCACAGACGAUGCUAUUUAGCGACCCACUAAGCCAUCUCUUUGCCUGGAGCGCGCUGACAUACCACCAGGCCCGCCUAUAACUAGACAGGAUUUCUCCCCACUCCCCUCUCGUGCUUGCAUCCAGCUCUUUGUAAGCCGUCUGAUAUCUGGUUUAAAAUGGCCACUCCCAGUCAACAGCCGGCUAUCGUCCCCGCCGCUUCCCAGGACCGUGCAGACGACGAAAAGACCCUCCGUGCAGAACGCGAGUAUUCUGAGAAAAAGGAUCUCGAGGCAGGACGUACUCGGUCUCUUACCGAUUGCGGUGCGGAUUCAAUCAAACCUCAACAAUCGAGUCAAGAGGUAGAAUUUGCUCUCGAGGAUGAUGUCCCCGAUGGUGGCCUGAAAGCUUGGACCGUCGUCGCGGGCGCAUCACUGGGCACACUCGCCACAUUUGGUUUUGUUAAUGCCUGGGGAGUUUUUCAGGCGUACUACGAGCAGACAUUGCUCAAAGAUACGUCACCGUCGACGAUCGCAUGGAUCGGUUCGAUACAGUAUGCUCUCGUCUUCGUCCCCGGGCUCGUUACCGGACGACUGUUUGAUAAGGGCAUGUUCAGAGUCCCGCUUGCGGUUUCAUCCGUCUUUUUGGUUGCGGCGACCUUCCUCGUCGCGCAAUGCAAAGAAUACUGGCAAUUUCUUCUAUGCCAAGGGUUUGCGGUCGGGCUCGGCGCGGGUGUCAUUUUCGGCCCAUUGCUCGGCGUUGUUGCGCACUGGUUCAAACGGAGAAAAGGUCUCGCGCUCGGCGUUGUCGCCGUCGGCUCCAGCCUGGGGGGAACACUCUUCCCCAUAGCUAUCCGCAAUCUGAUACAAGAAGUAGGCUUCCAAUGGACCAUGCGGAUCGUUGGAUUCAUUCUAUUGGCGACCCUUACGUUCACGAACCUUACGCUCUCACGGCGGCUGCCGCCCAGAGAUGCCUCGGGGCCAUUCAUUAACCUCCAAGCUUUCCGCAAUCCUGCCUACACAUUCUAUUGCGCAGCAGGCUUCGUUACCUUCCUUGGUCUAUACACUGUUUUGACCUAUAUCGAUGUUAGCGCGGCCUUUGUGGGGCUGGACCCGAACUUCUCGUUCUAUUUGGUUUCGGUAGCUAAUGCGGGCUCGAUUGUCGGGCGACUCGCGGGCGGCAUUUUGGCUGACAAAUACGGCGCUCUGAACGUCAUGAUCCCCGCAACGUUUAUUGCAGGCAUUUUGACUUACGUCUGGCCAUUCGUCACGAACAAAGGUGGUUACGUCGCCGUUGGUCUAAUCUAUGGCAUCUCCUCGGGAGUAUUUGUCUCGAUGCUUGCCGCGCCGCUCGUAGAGAUGGGCGAGACGCACGACGUCGGCCUGCGGCUAGGCAUGUUUUUCACCGUCCUUGCAUUUGGAGCCCUGUGCGGCCCGCCAAUUUCAGGCGCUAUCAAUGAGGCGACCGAUGGCUUCAAGGCGGUGGGGUAUUAUGCAGGAUCCGCAGUUUUGGUGUCCGUCGUCUUGCUCAUCCUCGUUAGACAACUUGUUCUGCGAAGGCUAUGGGGAAAGACCUAAAGACGCGCUUCUUCGGACUUUGUGCCGACCGCGUUCUCUUCUCAUGCCGUCUUCACGCUUCUGCACACGCAUGUUGUAGACAUUCACCUUAUACCGCGCACGACUAGGAUAGACCACCACGCAUGUAAGUUAUGUAAUAGGCCAUUCAACUACUUUCACGCUUCC